AAUACUGAAGGUAAACUUAGAAUUGAACUUGAGAAAGAUAUGGAAAAUAAACCCAAUAUUAAACUUGACGAAGACAUUGAUAUUAAACUUGACAAGGAUGUUGAUAUUAAUGAAAUGAAAGAACUUAUUGAAAGCUAUACGCUUUGUAAUCUUGAUAUACCAUCUCAGAUUAAGUCAGGAUCAUACAAGCCGUAUAGAACUUUAAAUAUUUACAAAU